AUGGAUAAAAUUUUCAUUUGGAAUGUAAGGGGCAUCAAUAAAUCCUCAAAGCAAAUUGAUGUUAUGAAAGAACUUCAUAAUAAAAAUAUAGGUUUUAUUGGGCUCCUUGAGACUAAGGUUAAGGCUUCCAAGAUGGGAGCCUUAUACCUUCAAAUGUUCAAAGGCUGGUGUUUUUCGUCUAAUCUUGCUCAUCAUCCUAAUGGAAGGAUUAUCAUAGCUUGGAAUCCUAAUAGUUUUGAAGUGGAUAUCAAAGGUGGUACUAGUCAAUUUAUUCACUGUGUUCUUAAACCUAAAAAAGGUCAUAGAUUUUCUUUAACAGUAGUAUAUGCUGCUAAUGACUCCAGAACUAGAGCUCUUUUGUGGAGAGAUUUGGUGAACAUCUCGGAAGGUAUGAAGAUUCCUUGGAUAGUUGGAGGUGAUUUCAAUGCGGUGUUGAAUCCGGAAGAGAGGCUGGAUUAUAGAGGAAAUGCAAAUGAAUUGAUACCUUUUCAGACUUGUGUGAAUAGUUGUGGUUUAGAAGAUGUGAAAUACAAUGGCAGAUUCUUCACGUGGAAUAAUAAACAAGAUGGUAAAAACCGAGUUUAUGCUAAACUCGACAGAUUUUUGGCUACCUCGGAAUGGAUUGAUACAUAUUCCACUUCUGAAGUUUCUUUUCUUCCUGAGGGAAAUUUUGACCAUUCCCCGGCUCUUCUUACAGUUUAUCCGAGUAUGCAGAAUAUUAAAAAACCUUUUAGGUAUUUCAACUUCUGGAAGAAUUUGAAUGGUUUUCUUGAUGUUGUGAAGCAGUGUUGGCAGGAAAAAGUUGCUGGUUCUCAUAUGUAUCAGCUGGUAUUUCUCUUAAAGCAGCUCAAGUCUGGCCUGAAGAAUUUGAAUAGGCAAGGCAGGGGGGAUGUAGAGCUUCAAGAGAAGGAGACCUACCAGCAGUUGCUAAAAAUUCAGCAGCAAUUACAGCUUGAUCCUCGUAAUAGUGAUCUGAUUUUGGCAGAGAAAAAGUAUAGAACAGAAUUUUCAGUAGCUCACAAGAACUAUAUUCAAUACCUUAGUCAAAAAGCUAAAGUUGAUUGGAUAAAAUCUAGGGAUGAGAAUACUAAAUUGUUCCACUCUAGCUUGAAGAUUAGAAGACAACAGAACACUAUUUACUCUAUCAGGGACCAGAAUGGAAAUUGGGUGGACAAUCAAGAAGGAGUCAUUAAAGCUUUCCUUGAGUUUUAUGAUUCUUUGCUGGGUUCUAAAAUAGAAGGUCGAACUAGGGUGCAUAAAAUUUUUUUCAAGGAGGGAGCUUUGAUUAGUCCUAGCCAAGCGACUUGGCUCAUUCGAGAUUAUACUGGUGAAGAGGUAGAGGUGGCUCUAAAUUCCAUUCCUAAUGAUAAAGCUCCAGGUCCUGAUGGCUACAAUAGUGCCUUUUUUAAAGAUACUUGGGAGAUACCUGGUAAGGAGGUUAAAGAGGUCAUUUUAUCCUUUCUUAACACAGAAAAGCUUCUAAAAGAAAUUAAUGCUACCACAGUGACUUUGGUGCCUAAGGCUACUUGUCCUGAAUCAGUUAGUGACUUUAGACCUAUUGCAUGUUGCAAUGUGAUCUAUAAAAUAGCCACUAAGAUGAUUUGUAACAGACUUAGAGAUAUUCUUCCUGAUAUAAUUUCAGAAAAUCAAAGUUGUUUUGUGAAAGGAAGGAAAAUUUCCCACAACAUCAUGAUUUGCCAAGAUAUGGUUCGGGGUUAUGAUAGAAGGAGUGCUAAGUCGGCUUGCCUUUUUAAGAUUGAUUUAUAG